AUGGCGCUUGCAAUAAGAAGCUGCAAUAGAAUUAACCAUGGUGGGCUUCUUCUUGUCUUAAUGAUUCUUCUCUCUUCACUACUACUAUGCCUCCUACCUUGUUCAACCAAUGCAGCUUCAGAUUGGCUAAACCAUGGCAAAGAUAUAUAUAACAGCAGAUAUGCUUCGGAAGAGUCAAUAAUAAGCCCAGGAAGUGUGAAGAAAAUGGAGUUGAAAUGGGAGUUUUUAAUAAAAACUAUAACAGCAACACCUUCAAUCUAUAAUGGGACACUCUAUUUCCCAAGCUGGAAUGGGAAUAUAUAUGCAAUUAAGGAGUGUGAUGGAUCGGUGGUGUGGGAAAAGAAUGUGAGUGAGCUCACUGGGCUUAACGCAACAGGUUUUAGUGGGGUGAACGUUCCAUUAGCAAGAGUUACACCAACAGUCGCCGGAGACCUUCUUAUCAUCGGAAUUUAUGGUCCUGCUGUUGUAAUUGCGGUUAAACGUGCAACCGGUGAUCUGGUCUGGUCUACUAAGCUUGAUACCCAUCCCGCAGCUCUUAUUACCAUGUCUGGUACUGCAUUCAAUGGAGCUUUCUAUAUCGGAACAUCUUCGUUAGAAGAAACCUUAAAUAGCAGCCAAUGCUGCACUUUCCGUGGUAGCUUUUCCAAAUUAGACAUCCAAACAGGCACAAUAUUAUGGCAAACUUAUACUCUUCCAGACAAUGGUGGUCAAUUGGGAGGCUAUGCAGGAGGUUCAAUAUGGGGAAGCAGUCCUUCCAUUGAUGUAAUCAGAAACCAUGUUUAUGUUGCAACUGGAAAUCUCUACUCUGCUCCACAAUAUGUAAAGGAUUGCCAAGCUAAAGAGAAUAACCAAACAACCCCAACUCAACCAGAUAAGUGCAUUGAGCCAGGUAACCAUGAGAAUUCCUUCUUGGCCUUUGAUAUGGAUACUGGAAACAUUACUUGGUAUAGGCAACUAGGUGGGUAUGACAUUUGGUUUCUUGCUUGCAACAAUCUUUCAACACCAAACUGCCCUCCUGGUCCAAACCCUGAUGCUGAUUUUGGUGAGGCACCCAUGAUGCUUACCAUAUUUGUCAAUGAAACUAGACGUGAUGUUCUAGUUGCUGUGCAGAAAAGUGGUUAUGCUUGGGCUUUGGAUCGUGAUAAUGGUGACAUCAUCUGGGUUACUUUUGCUGGACCCGGAAGCUAUCUCGGAGGAGGAAUGUGGGGAGCUGCAACAGAUGGUUUAAGGGUAUACACAAACAUUAACAAUGGUCUUCAAAAGAGUUUCACACUUACACCAUCUAAAGAAAACACAACAGCAGGUGUGUGGGUGGCAAUGGAUGCUUCAACAGGCAAAGUCAUAUGGUCGAUAGCUAACCCAAGCAAUGCUACCUCUUACGGACCUGUUACUGUGGCUAAUGGUGUUUUGUUUGCUGGGUCUACAAAUUCACAAGGGACUAUAUACGCAAUGAGUGCUGCGAAAGGGAAAAUAUUAUGGUCAUAUGAUACUGGUGUCUCUGUAAAUGGCGGCGUGUCAGUAAGCAAUGGAUGCAUCUACGUCGGAAAUGGAAACAGAGGGACCAUAUCUAACGCCUCACUCCAUGCCUUCUGUGUUAUUGAUGCAUGAAUGUAUGUGAAAUGCACUGUUUAGAUUGCCUUUGAUUUGUUGAAAUAUGUAUGUACUAUAUUUGGAGAUUAUUUUCAAUGGUUUGAAACUUUGAUUGAACACU